CUGCGCUCGUAUCCACAAUCAUUAAUAUUAUUAUUAUUAUUUUUUUUUACUACGUCAGUGAUAAAUGAUAAUACGAGCAGCGAAUGUAUUACGCGUAUACUAAAACCGCGACAGCGUAACUACCUUCAUUUUAUAAUUUUAUAAUUUUAUUAUAUACACACAAUACACUAGUACAACCAUCGGCCGCGGUCACGACACACAAAUACGCGAUCGUCCGGCGUAAGUGAGUCAGUGAGCGUAACGUCUACCGCGUCCAACAGCGUGAUAUUCCGCGUUUCCGCCAUUUAAAAUCUUUUUUUUUUUAGUAGGUUAGUACCAAAUAGCUUUCGUUAACUUUAAAUUCGUGUCUAUAUUUGUGUUUAAAUUGUCGAGUUUCCGCUAUUACUACUAGAAUCCAAUCGUUUUGAGUAUUUUGCAUUGAUGGUCCUCAGUGCCGUGACGUUGUCAGUUGUGUUUCAUUCAACAUUUUACGAGUACUUUAAUGGUUUUAUUGUGCAACAGUGUGAAUGAUUGGAUUGCCUAGAGAUUAUAAAGCCAAAAAAAUCACCGUGAAAAUUGACAAUAUGAAACGUAGAAGUUAUGGAGAUUCGCCUCCUAUGUCACGUAAAAAACGUCAUAGCAGUAUUAACAGGUAUGAUGGUAGUUCUGACGAGCGAGGAUCACCCGAACGUGUACGCCGUAGAGCUCGAUCGCCGCCCAGUCCUAGACCAUCUAGGUAUUCAGAACGUGAUGAAUUUGGCCGUUCUAGGGAAUUGGAUCGAUCGCAUCCCACUUAUAAAGUGUUGUCAGUGAGUGCUUUACAUCCCAAAGCAAGUGACGAACAGGUCAAAGAAAUAUUAUAUCGAGAAUAUCGCAAAUUUGGUGAAUUUUCUGUUAAAAUAUCACAUGAACUAGAUGACAGGGUGGCAUAUGUGUGUUUUAGAAGCUCAGAAGAUGCUAGAGAUGCCAAACACAGUAAGCCUAGAAUAAGUUUAUUUGAUAAAAUAGCUUUAGUUACACCUGUUUAUGAAAGUCGUAGUUCUAGAGAUCAUUAUGAAUCAAGAGCUAGGCGUUCUCGAUCCCGAAAUUUUUCCCCAGAGUUUGAACGAUACUAUCAUAGGUCUCCAAUGCCGCCAGAAAUUCAUAGGAUACAUCCGGCUGAUAGGUUUUAUGAAAGGUUGCCAUAUGGUACUCUUCCCCCUUUGCUGCCGCCACGAGACUUUCGAGAAAUAGGUUUGCCACCAUUACAUCCUCAUGAGCUAAUGAUACCUAGAGGACCGUUAUUGCAUCAUGUGGCUCCUAUUCAUCCUCAUUUAGGGCCAAUUCAUCCGUUGUAUGGACCACCAAGACAUUUUAUGCCACCUUUUAGACCGCACCCUCAUCCUCAUUUGAUUUCACAUGACAAAAAAGAUAAAUUUCCAAACUAUUUGCACCACAUUCCACCAGAAGAAGACCCAUUAGCCACACGCACAUUGUUUGCUGGAAAUUUAGAAGUUUCUAUUUCGGAUGAAGAACUACGCCGUAUAUUUGGUAGAUAUGGAGUUGUUGAGGAUAUUGAUGUUAAACGACCAUUGCCAGGAACAGGAAAUGCAUAUGCAUUUGUUCGUUAUCAAAAUUUAGAUAUGGCUCAUAGAGCAAAAGUCGAAUUAUCUGGUCAAUAUUUAGGCAAAUUUCAAUGUAAAAUUGGCUAUGGAAAAUCUACACCAACACAACGAAUAUGGGUUGGUGGUUUGGGUCCUUGGACAUCACUUGCUCAACUAGAACAAGAAUUUGAUAGAUUUGGUGUUAUUAAAAAAAUUGAGUAUGUCAAAGGUGACAUUUGUGCCUAUAUACAGUUUGAAAGCAUUGAUGCUGCAACUGCAGCUGUCAAAGAAAUGAGAGGAGUGGCUUUAGGAGGCUCUGAACAUAAACUGAGAACAGAUUUUGCUGAUGGAGGUGUCUGUGUUAGUCCUACAUUAACGUAUUCAUCAAAGUCUAAGUCAUCUCAUGAUGAUGUUGCAGCAUCUGCAGGAGAUUUACGAGAACUAGUAAGACAAGAUGAAUAUCCAUAUGGUUGGCCAGAUGGUGAAUAUCCUUCUUACAGUUCUAGAAGUUAUCGUAAAGGCCGUACAGAAUACUGUGAAGAAAGCAAAGAAUUUGGCAAUUAUGAGAAUGGUCGAUCAUUCAAGCAGCAUUCUGUUUCUGAUAUUGGUUCUCCUCGAUCACCUGGAAGAUCACCACUUCACCAAUCGAUUGACAGUGAUGUAGAAUCUGAAGAAGGAGCUCUACAAUCUGCAGGUCCUUUUGGUUCUGUUCGUACACUAGGGGAUUUGGCUCAUAAAUGUACUGAUAUAUGGCAAGGCAGUCUUGUAUUAAAAAGCUCUCAAUUCCCGGCUAAAUGCCAUUUAAUUUCUGGUGAUACAAAUGUUAUAGAAUCAAUGAUGAGAGAUGAAGACGGUAAAUCAACAUUACGCAUAACCCAACGGUUACGUUUAGAUGAGCCAAAGUUGGAAGAUGUUUCUAAACGUAUAAUAACUGCUGAUAUGCAUGCCAUAUUUUUGGCAAUGCCUUGUUCUACUAACUCCAUUUCCAACGAUGAUGCAUCGGUACAAAUUAGACCGUUACGUAAUUUAGUAUCCUAUUUAAAACAAAAAGAGGCUGCUGGGGUUAUAUCAUUAAUAAUUAAAGAUCCUGAACCAGCUGGUGUAUUAUAUGCAUUUCCUCCGUGUGAGUAUUCAGCCAAAUUAUUGAAACAAAGUGCAAAAAAUUUAAGCGGUGAAACAUUAAAAGAUGAUCAUUUAGUUGUGGUAGUAGUUAGUGGGGGUGUUUCGUAAUAAGAUAUUCAUUUUUAAUUCAAUUUUUAAAUAGGUUCAUUAACCUAUAAAAAGGAUACUACACUAGCAUGCUUUAUGUCUAUCUUACAAACAUACAUACAACAUAUCAAAUUUUACAUUCACAAUAAUCUACUAUAGUCAGUUAUAUUAAAAUAUUUGAAUAAAUUAAUAUAUUAAAAAAAUUAAACAUAAGAUUAUUAUCUAUGGCAUCUGGAGGUGUUAUGUCUGAAUUAUGUUGACAUACCAAAUUAUACAUUCUAAAUAAUUAAUUUAACUGGGUUAUGUUUAAUAUUAAAGUGAAUUGACAUAUUAUUAAAUUUAAAAGUAAGAAUAUUAUCUUAGUUAAUCCAUACCAACAAUCACAAUUUUAAAAUGCUCAUAACUUGCAUUAAAAUUAAAAUAUUGAAAAAAAAAACAAUAAGAUUCAAUUGAUAAUAUUAAUAUUACAUUUUAUAAUAGGUCAAUUCACUCUAAUCAAUUUUAUUAUAACAAUCCGCUAUAUUAUGUGCUUAUAAGACAAAGACAACGCAUGCUGGUGUAUCAUUUACUUAAUAAUAUAUCCAUAUUUUUUUUAUAUUUAUGUAAUUUAAUGAUUAGAUACUUUUAAUUAUAUUAAGUCAUAAUAAUACUAGAAUACAAUUAGAUUAAGUAUUUUUUAUUGACUCCAAAUUGAUUUUUGAUGCUACAAUAUUUAUGUUUUUAAUUUGAACGCAGGAGUCUUAACAAAACAAGUUAUUGUGGUUUAUAUAAACUGUGUAAAAGUUUUUAUUAUGUGCUUAAAAUGUAAUUAAUAAUUUCAGUUUAAUGUAUUUUUUAUUAAUUCAAGUUUAUACUGUAUACACACACAGUUUAAUUACGUAUAAAACAUGUGGAGUGCGUAACAUAAUUUUUACAAAUUGUGCUGCAAUGUCUAGUUCGUAGAACACUAUUAUAAGUUUAUUAAUGUGUACUCAAGUGAUUCAAUAUUUUUAAUAAACAUUUAAAAUAAUGCAUUAUUUUAUUAUAGAUAAGUGUUAAUAUGUAUACCGAUCUUACAUUUAAUUAAACUAUUUCUCUUAUAUCUUUGAAAAUACAGUGUAAACUAUCAAGCAAUCAAGUUAACUUGGGCUGUUCAAUAAUUUUUUUUUUUUUGAAGUGUUGUAACUAUUUAAGAUAAAAUAAAUAAUCUUAUUAUGAACUAACUUGUAACUAAUCUUGUGCGUUAUAGUAGUCUUAUAAUAAAGUGUAAUUCGCGAUUCAACUGUUGUUAUUUUUAAAUCAUGUAUGACAUAGUUAUGUUAUUUUUGCUAAUUUAAAUUAACUAUACAACUACUUUUUUUAAAUUGUUAUUAAUGGCAUUUAACAUGGAAGUUUAGCAAAUGCUGUGUCGGGUAUCUACAAUAGUUGGUGUUGUGUUCAGUGUUAACAGAGUUUUGGUGUUUUUUUUCUUAUGAAAAUAUUAUGUGUAAAUAAUAAUUUAUAUUAGCCUGAAUCAAAUGGUGAUUAUUGAUUAUUGAAAUUUAUAAAUUUUAAAAUAUUAAAAUUACAACUUUUUUAAAUUUUAUUUCAUCUUGAUUUGUGACUGGAAUUUAAACUGUAUGUAUUAUGAAUAAAUAUUUUUUCUAGAUUUGUA